CUCCAAGAGCCACCAAGAGCCAACACAGUGGGAGAAGCACUGUUCCAUAGCGUCUUUGUGGCUGAGGCUUAGCUGUGAGUUCACCGCAGCAUCUGCAUAGGUACUUGGGUCGAUCAGACGGCUCAAACUCGAAAGUCAAUCUCCUGAAUCUAAUAUACCGUUCGAAUUCCUCCUUUCCGCAAUCCUCUGUUCAACCCUAAACCUCCAGCAAUCCAGGCCUAGACUGAGCAAAACUUCUGAACGAACGGGAACAUUCCCCCAGGGACGGGAAUAUAGUCGCAGUCAACAUGUCAAAAACAAGUGUUUUCACAUCGAUAACGCCAUUACCGGCGGGCGUCACGAGGCAAAGCGUAAUCGAGACGUACCAUAACCACGAGGAGAUGAUUGACCUCAACCCUCUGGUGAUUGAGCGCUUCCAGUGCAAGCCACCGAGCUAUGCACCAGCAGAAGAGUACUACUCGACCUGGUACACCAUCAAAGACAAAAUAUCAUAUCUCCCCGGAGGACUAGCAACUGGCUCCGUAUCAUACCACGCAUGCUUCCACGACCUCCCGGAUGGCCUUCAAACCCACAUCUAUGCGCCGCUAGGUCUGGACAUUCGAGCCAAAUGGAGCGUAGGAGGGAGUCUUCCGGGGGAGCCCAAGGAGCCCGUCGAGCUGGGCCUAGGCGCCCCUCGAGAAGGCCUCUACAUCCGCGAAGACGUCAAGAUGAAGUGCAACCUUGUAAUGAUCUCCUUCGUGAAGAAGACGUUCAAGGAAUCGCACUCGAAACUCGUGGACCGCCUGGUGGAAAAGGCGCACAUGAUGGACGCCAAGGUCGCGAAUGAACGGCUCAAUGCCUUGAAGACGGUGGAUCCGAGGGAGAGGAGUGGUCACGGGGAGAUUCUCAUUGGCCCUCCGCCUGGGUAUGGUUCUCUGCCGCCGCAGCAGUCUCUUUCCAGUGUGUAUUCGCAUGCGAGGGGAAAUAGCUACAGCUCUUCGAGUAGUCCGAAUCUGUCGCAGUCGUCGCAAAGCCCGUAUAGGGCGGCUCUGCAGGGACAUGCUCCGGAGCCGGGAAGAGCGUAUCGACCGCACGCAGACUAUCAUUCUGCACAUGGACAGAUUGCAGAGAGUGCUGGGCAAGGCCACGAGACGGCUACUGAACUGCCGGGUACAGAGUCGGAACGCAAGCGAGUAUUUGCUGCUGAGCUUCCUGGGUGAGCGCAUGUUGGUCAUGGCAUCGUUGAGGGCGGAUGUUUUCAUAUGAGUGACCGGACUGCACGAGUAUGUUCUCCUAGUUUUCAUAUUUUCGCUUUUUUCGAUCUUCUUUCUUGCGGAUACCCUGUAGCUUUCAUUUGAGAUCAAGACCGUGGUGGGUAUGGUAAACAUCCCAAUUCUCGUUCUUUCUGAUUGCGAUGUCUAUGGCUUGGCUCCGUCUUGAACUAUGCGUUGGUUUUUUCCGGGCCGUGCUAACACCUUGCUUCAAUCUUGAUAACGAGCGAUAAUGAAUGAAAGGAACAAAUACCAUUUAUGUAGUUUUUCAAUACG